UAAGAAAACACAGAGUUGUUUGAGCUCUCGACAUCCUCACGUGCUCAGUAAACCACCUGUCCACGCCAGGAUGCAGAGAAAGGUUUCCGCCUGCUAGUCAUCACCGCGUUCUUGACUGGUGGAUGCAGACGCCGAAGCGCUGCCUAACAUUGAUUGUUUUGCCCAAGUUUUUGACCUGUCGCAUCCUGUGCGAUAUUAAAGGUGUGAUUUUUUUUUCUCCCCGGAAAGCGCCUGAUGAUCAUUGUGUGGCCACGCGCAGUAAUGCGAGCAAAAGGGCUGGAGGCUGGCGGAGACCGGGACUGAGUGGCGGAGAUCUCACAGACACCACGCGCGUCUUUGGACACAUCUCGGAGAUUAACUGUGGUUUGGCUUUUCUUUAGCCUGCUCCUUUUUUUGACAUUGCGAUGUCCACAAGAAAGACAUCGUUGACGGACAAGCAGGCUAAAAACGGAACAUCCAAAUAUGUGUUGGAGAGAUGCGCUUCUGUUAACGAGUAUUAUGAUAUUGCCUUCAAGGUGAUGCUGCUGGGUGACUCGUCCGUGGGGAAGACGUGCGCCUUGGUGCGCUUUAAAGAUGGGGCAUUUCUGGGAGGCAACUUUAUAUCCACGGUUGGAAUAGACUUUAGGAAUAAAGUGGUGGAUGUUGACAACAUGAAAGUCAAACUUCAGAUCUGGGAUACAGCUGGCCAAGAGAGAUUCCGAAGUGUAACGCACGCCUACUACAGAGAUGCCCAGGCGUUACUUUUGCUUUAUGAUAUCACCAGCAAGCUGUCGUUUGACAAUAUCAGGGCUUGGCUGACUGAAAUACACGAGUAUGCCCAGAACGAUGUGGUCAUCAUGUUGCUCGGCAACAAGGCAGACAUGGUUGCAGAUAGGGUCGUGAAGAAGGAGGAUGGAGAGAAGCUGGCAAAGGAGUAUGGUGUACCAUUUAUGGAGACCAGUGCGAAGACAGGAGUCAAUGUGGAGCUGGCCUUUCUUGCUAUAGCAAAGGAGCUGAAGCACAGAGCGACACAGCAGCAGAAUGAGCCCAAGUUCCAGAUACACGACUACAUCGAGUCUAAGAAGCACAAGUCUAGCUGCUGUGGACUCAUGUAACUGAUCCUGAUCGCCAGGCAGAAAGAGACACAGAGAGAGAGAGAGAGAGAGAGAGAAAGAGGGGAGACAGGGAGGGUGUGGGAAAGAGAUAUA